CUUCCCUCUCCCCUCCCCGCUCCUCCUCCUCCUCCACCUCAUAGAGCGAGGCGCCAAUAUGGAGCCUGAGGACUUACCGUGGCCCGGCGAGCUCGAGGAGGAGGAGGAGGAGGGGGCGGAGAACUUGGACGAGGACGAGGUGGUGAUGGUGGAGGAGAUGGAGGAAGAGGAGAGACGGGAGCCGGAGGCGGAUUUUAACUACGAGAGCCAGCGUCGGGAGAGUACGGACGACGAGGACGACGAGGAGGCCAAAGCCUGGCUGCAAGCGCAACCCAGCGCCGCUUUGCCUCAGGCGUCUCUCCCGAGGCACCGCUUUUCGGAGAGCGAGCUGACCAGCCCCGGGAAGGUUCUUCCAUUGACCUGUCAUCUAUGGCAACAGCCAUUAUAUCAAAAUGAUAGUGGAACACAGAUUUCUGAUACUAACGUGGCCUCUUUGGAAAAGAUAGCUCCAUGGGGUUCUGGGGAUGAUCAGAGAACAGAAUCUUGGCAUUGUCUUCCUCAAGAAAUGGACUCUUCCUGUACCUUGGAUACAGCCCAGACUGGGUUUAAUAUGAGAGAGAAAGGGACUGAAGUGACCGACUUCACCUCUUUGGAGGAAGGAAUAUCGACCCAAUCAGAAAAUCAAGGAAAGGAUCCCAACAGAGACCUCUUAUGUUCUCCAUUGCUAGUCCUACAGGACAGUUUUGCUUCUCCUGAUUUGCCUUUGCUGACAUGUUUGACAGAACGUCAAGAGUUUGGGCCUGAUUCCUUAUUUCAUCAAAGUGAGCUAGAUUUUGCACCUCUGAGGGGAAUUCCUGGUAAGUCUGAAGACACUGAAUGGUUUUCUCGACCGUCGGAAGUUAGUGAAGCUUUAUUCCAGGCAGCCUCAGGAGUAGCUUCAGACUUAGUUAACAGUUGUUUUAGUAUAUCUCAGCACCCACUUAUAGGUAGUACAGCUGUUAAGUCUCAGCACUCUUUGUUAACUCCUGAACAAGGAACUAGAGAAGAGACUGUUUCAUCUAACACACUUGAUGAUCAGAAAACCUGCGAAGACUCUGGUAAUUAUGAUGCUGUUUAUUCAUAUAUGUCAUGGGAGACACAAGAAGUUAUGCAGGAGCCAGCAACCAAUUUAGCCGAUAAAGAUCAAGUUUCUUUUUCAACUGCAUCUGAUAUAAGUGAUGAAUACAUAAAUCCUAAAGGAAGUGACAGUUUUGAUGCUUCUUACUUAUAUGCACAGUAUGAGAACCAAGGAACUUUACAGCAAUCAGAAAAAUAUUUAGCCAGUAAGGACCAUGAUUCUUAUUCAGAUUCAUCUGACACAAUUGAUAGAAAUAAAAUUCCUAAGGAAAGUAACAAUUUCUCUUUUUCAAAUAUGCCGUGGAGUAAGCAGGGAGCUUCACACCAUCCAGAAAUAUAUCUAAUCAGUAAGGAUCGUGUUUCUUUUCCACAUGAAGUUGCUCCUCAUUUUAAUAAUAAAAUGCCACAUUCUUUUUGGCAUUGUUUGUUGGGAUCAGGAGGAAGCGAGGUUCCCUUGAUGUCUGAUAGUCAUUAUUUUGAGAGUGUUUGUUUAAGGGCUCCUGUUGAGAAUGAGGUGAAACAAAAGGUGGAGAGUUAUAAAAGCAAUGAAGAUCUGGGGAAAGGAUUAUCUCAAUGUUUUGAAUUAAAGGAGAAUAGAAAUACUUUAGUGUUUUCAGAGGUGCAUCCCAGAUCUUCAGAAAUACAAUAUGUUGAGAAUGUUAUAGUUCCUGAUAAUUCUGUAGAAGUUUCAGAAGCCCAUAUACUCUCCCGGGGGCUUGAUACCUCUACGAUGGAGAUUUCUGGUGGUCCUCUUCAGACUAUUAAAUCCUACUCAAAUGAGACAUCAGAACAACUGUAUUUUCAAGAAGAAAGAAACCAAGAGGCAACUUCUGUUUUUGAUGGGAAAAAUGUUGGUGCUACGAAAAAUGUAGCUUUUCAGGCAGUUAUUGCCUCUAUUGAACCUUCCAAGAAAGAGAGUACAGUAAAUGAAAUCCAAACUGACAUCAACAAAUCUUUAACAAAUGACAGCCAAGAAAGUGAACCAAAAAGUCCAGAUCCUUCCCUGUUAAAUUACCAUGAAAACCUUUUCCUUGAUAAACUUAAUCAUCCACGCUAUCAGUCUACUCCUGUGGUGUUUGAAUCAGGAGCUUCAAAACCAUUGUAUAAAAAAGAUGAUGGUGAUAGCUCCCUGUACUGGCAUCACAAUUUAAAAUCAAUUCCCAGUGCUCCUCAGGAAAUAUUGAUUAAGCCACUUUCUGUUAGUCCAGAGCUUAAGUCAUCAUCUUCUUUAAGUGAAAAAUCUCUCAGACAGGCUGUUGGUCUUGGCAAAACAUGGUCAACUUUAUUUCAGUAUGGUAUAGACAAUGAACAGUUUCUUCCCAUUGGGAAGAUAAAGUCUGUUUCUGCUCUCGACCUUGCAGAGAGGUUAGGACCUUCAAACAUUAUUUACCCAAUGAAAGUAUGGACUUCAGAUUCUUUGGUUUCACAAGAUUUAAAGCAGCACACCUUUGAAGAAGUUGCAGAUUCCUCAAACUGUAUUUUGGGUAAGACUGUAAACUCUAGUUACGUCAUUGAAGGUCCAUCUGCAGCUGUAGGAAGCAGCUUUUCAGCAAACUUGGUGGCAUGUGAUGCAAAGUUACAAGAUGCUUUACCAGUGAUCAGUAAUGCACCAUUAAUUGCAGUUGGCCAAAAGACAUUGCUGAAAGCUGAUAUGGGCCGAGGUGAAAUGCCUCGGCCUUUGGGAGCCAAGUGCAGUUUUACUAUACAUACAAUUAUGCAAAAUGACUCCUAUUUUAUAGAGGGCCUGCAGGGGAAGGCUGAAUCUGACAUCUGUACCCUGGAUGAUGAUACUGAAUGCUGUAGCAUAGAUGAAAAUGCUGUUGUAUGCAGUAAAAGACAAGAGAUAUGUGACCAAGGUGACUUGACUGGUGAGUGCGUUGAGCUAACAGGUUUAGAAAAUUUGCUUGAUGAUCUAGAGAUUUGUGACAGCUCCCUGCAGUGGCAAUCUACUGUACAGCUACCAUCUAAGGAAGACAGCAGUUUUGAAGAUUCUGUAUGUCCUUCCAAUACGGACAUUAAUGAAUCUUUUUCAUCUGUGUUGCCUCCAUUCGUUCCUCGUGAGCCAGCUAGAGAUUUGGAAUAUCACUCUUCAAAUCUCAGAAUGUUGAGAGUAUCUCCUGACACCGCGUCAAGGACUGUCAGACAUUUAACAGGGGAUACUUCUAAAGGAGGCACAGCUGAAAUUCCUCAGUCCACCUUUAAACCAGGCAUCACUACCUUUCCUGAAGAUUCAGACACUGUAUCUCCUUUAUCCUUGUCCCCUGAGGACUUUCCUCAGUUGGCUGGAAGGUCUCCUCAAGUGAAGAAUAUUGGUGGAUAUACUGAUACUCUCAACCAGCAGACUUUAGUGGACAGUCGUCUAACUGAAGAGACUUUAAAAAUUUCAUCUAUUCCUGGCCUAGCUGACCAGAAGACUAGAAUAGCAGCAGUGUCCUCUAGUUCGUACUCACAAAGAGAGAAGCCAAAUAUCUUCUAUCCACAAGCCUUGCCAGACAGUCAUCUAACUGAAGAGGCUCUAAAAGCUGGAGCUGUUCCUGGACUUGGUGACCAGAAGACAGGUCUAUCUACGGUUCCUCCAAGUUCCUACUUGCUUGGAGAGAAGCACAGUAUUUUCUACCCACAGGCAUUGCCAGACAGUCAUCAAACUGAAGAGUCUCUGAAUGUUUCAGUUCUUCCUGGACUAGUUGAUCAAAAGACUGGAAAACCAAUAGUACCUGCUAGUUCUUACUCAGUUGGAGAGGAGCCUGGUAUUUUCUACCAUCAAGUCUUACCAGACAGUCAGCUACCUGAAGAAGCUCUGAAAGUUUUGGCUUCUCCUAUACCAGUUGAUCAAAAGAGUGGAUUGCCUACUCUAUCCUCUACUUACUCUUAUGGAGAGAAGCCUCAUAUUUUCUAUCAACAGACAUUGCCAGAUAGUCAUCCAACUGAGCAGACUCUGAAAGUUUCAGCUGCUCCUGGAUUGGCUGAGCAGAAGACUGGGGUUCCUACUAUAACCUCUCCUUCUUACUCACAUAAAGAGAAGCCCAGUAUUUUCUACCAACCAGAAUUGCCAAACAGACGUCUAAUUCAGGAGGCUCAUCAAGUUUCAGCUGCUCCUGGAUUGGUUGAGCAGAAGGCUGGGAUAUCGAUAGUACCCUCUACUUCCUAUUCACAGAGAGAGAAGCCUAAUGUUGUGUACCAACAAGAGUUGCCAGACAGUCAUCUAAUUCAAGAAGUUCAGCAAGUUUCAGCUGUUCCUGGAUUGGCUGAGCAGAAGACUGGGAUUCCUGCAAUACCCUCUGCUUCCUAUUCACAUAGAGAGAAGCCCAGUAUUGUGUAUCAGCAAGAAUUGUCAGACAGUCAACUAAUUGAACAGUCUCAAAAAGUUUCAUCUGUUCCUGGACUGGCUGAGCAGAAGACUGGGAUUCCUACAGUACCCUCUACUUCCUAUUCACAUAGAGAGAAGUCCAGUAUUUUCUACCAACAAGAGUUGCCAGACAGUCAUCUAAUUCAAGAGGUUCAGCAAGUUUCAACUGCUGCUGGACCCCUUGAGCAGAAGACUGGGAUUCCUACUGUGCCUUCUACUUCCUAUUCACAUAGAGAGAAGUCCAGUAUUUUCUACCAACAAGAGUUGCCAGACAGUCAUCUAAUUCAAGAGGUUCAGCAAGUUUCAACUGCUGCUGGACCCCUUGAGCAGAAGACUGGGAUUCCUACUGUGCCUUCUACUUCCUAUUCACAUAGAGAGAAACCUCAUAUUUUCUACCAGCAAGAGUUGCCAGAGAGUCAUGUAACUGAACAGGCUCAGAAAGUUUCAUCUGUUCCUGGAUUGGCUGAGCAGAAGACUGGAAUAUCAACAGUAGCCUCUGCUUCCUAUUCACAUAGAGAGAAGCCCAGUAUUUUGUACCAGCAAGAGUUGCCAGACGUUCAUGUAAUUCACAAAGUUCCAGAAGUUUCAUCUGUUCCUGGAUUGGCUGAGCAGAAGGCUAGGAUUCCUGUCAUACCCUCUACUUCUUACUCACAUAGAGAGAAACCCAGUAUUUUGUACCAACAAGAAUUGCCAGACAGUCAUCUAACUGAACAAGUUCAGAAAGCUUCAGCUGCUCCUGGACCUGCCGAGCAGAAGAUCGGGAUUCCUAUAAUAACUUCUGCUUCUUAUUUACAUAGAGAGAAGCCCGUUAUUUUCUACCAACAGGAUUUGCCAGACAGUCAUCUAACUAAAGAGGCUCAGAAAGUUCCAGCUGUUUCUGGACUAGCUCACCAGAAGAGUGGAAUACCGAUAGUGCCCCCUGCUUUCUACUCACAUGGAGGGAAGACCGGUCUUUUCUAUCAGCAGGAGUUGCCAGACAGUCAUCUAAGUGAUCAGACUCAGAAAAUUUCAGCUAUUCCUGGACCAGUAGACCAGAACACUGGCAUACAGACAGCACCCUCUACUUCCUACUCAUACAGGGAGAAGCCCAUUACUUUUUACCAGCAGGAGUUGCCAGGCAGGCUUCUAACUGAAGAGGUUCUAAAAGUUUCAGCUCUUCCUAGAACAACUGACCAGAACACUGGGAUAAUAACAGGAUCCUCUCGGUCUUACUUAUUUGGAGAGAAGCCAAGUGGUCUUUUCUAUCAGCAGGUGUUACCAGAUGGUAGUCUAACUGAAGAAGCUCUGAAAGUUUCACCUGCAUCGAGGCCAAGUGACCAGAAGACUGGGGUCCUCUUACUGCCUGCUAGUUCCUACUCACAUAGAGAGAAGCCUGGUAUUUUCUACCCGCAGGCCUCACCCAGCAGUCACUUAUCUGAAGAGACUCUGAAAGAUUCAACUGUUCUUGGACCAGCUGACCAGAAGGCUGGGACAUCAGAACCUUCUGGUUCCUAUUCACAUAGAGAGGAAUCCAGUAUUUUCUACCAACAGGAGUUGCCAGAUAGCCAUAUAACUGGAGAGGCUCUGAAAAUUUCAGGUGUUUCUGGAACAGGUGACCAGAAAACUGGGAUACCUAUAGUAACCUCUCCUUCCUACUCACAGAAAGAGAAGCCCAUUGUUUUCUACCAACAGAUCUCACCAGAUUCAUACCUUCCUGAAGAGGCUCUGAAUGUUUCAAAUACUCCUUCACGGGCUGACCAGAAGACUGGGAUACCCAUAGUAACCUCUCCUUCCUUCUCAUAUAACGAAAAACCCAUUAUUUUCUACCAGCAGGCCUUGCCUGACAGUCAACUGACUGUGGAGGCUCUGAAGGUUUCAGAUGUUCCUGGACCAUCUGACCAGAAGACUGGGAUACCUACAGUACCACCUAGUUCCUAUUCAUAUGGAGAGAAGCCCGUCAUUUCUUACCAGCAAGAGUCACCAGAUCUUACUCAGGUGGCUUUGAAAGUCUUUGAGGUUCCUGGACCAGCUGACCAGGAGAUUGGGAUACCACCAGUAACCUCUACUUCUUACUCAUAUGGAGAAAAGCCCAUCAUUUCUUAUCAGCAAGAGUUGCCAGAUGCUAAUGAAAAUGCUUUAAAAGGUUUAGGGGUUCCUAGACAAGCAGACCAGACCAUUGGUGUGCGAAUUGUGCCCCCUUCUUCCUAUUCACAUAGAGAGAGUCCCAUCUUUUCUUACCAGCAGGAGUUACCAGAUCUUACUGAGGAAGCUUUGAAAGUUUUUGCUCUUCCUGGACCACCUGAUCAGAAUGCUGAGAUACCGAUAGGACCUUCUAGUUCUUACUCACAUAAAGAGAAACUCAAGAUUUUACCAGACGGUCAAAAGACUGAGUUACCAUUAACCCCCUCUGGUUCCUACUCACAUAGAGAGAAGCCCAAGACUUCAACUGUAAUUGGGCCAGCUGACCAGAAGUCUCCAUUAUUGACAGGUUUCCCUAAUUCUUAUCCUCAGAGAGUAAAGCCUAGUAUUUUCUUGCAACAGCAGUUGGCAGAUAGACAUCAAAGUGGAGAUAUUCUGAAGAUUUCACCUGUUGCUGAGCCAACUGAUGUGAAUUCUCGGAUACCAAUACCUCUUUCUAGUUCCCAUUCACACAGAGAGAAAUCUAAUAUUUUCUACCCACAGGAACUGCCAGAUAAACAUCUAAGGGAAGAUUCACUGAAGGUUUCAACAGUUCCUGGACCAGCUGACAAAAAAACUGUGUUACCAGUGGUUCCUCCUAGUUCCUUUUCACAUAGAGAGAAACCAGCUAUAUUGUACCAUCAGGAUUUCCCAGAAAGACAUCUAACUGAAGAUAACCUGAAGUUCUCAAGCAGUCUUGGGCAAGCUGAUCAGAUGAAUGGGUUAUCAACAGGUCCCCCUGGUACUUACUCACAUAGUGAGAAGCACAAACUUGUUUCACAUCAUGUUCAAAGGCUAACAGAUAAUUUGGAUUCUUCUCACACCAGUGUUAUCUCAAAUAAUAUGCCUUUAAAUUCUCAGGCUGAUGGUAGAGUUGUAAUAAAUAAGCCAGAAUCUUCUGGUUUUGAAGAUGUUGGCUCUGAGGAAAUGCGGGAUACAGAAAACAGUUCCAAAACUCUUAAAGAGAUUCAGACACUUUUAAUGGAAGCAGAAAAUAUAGCGCUAAGACGAUACAAUUUUCCUACUCCCCUUGUCCCUUUCAGAGAUGUUAGUGAUAUUUCAUUUAUACAAUCUAAGAAGAUGGUUUGCUUCAAAGAACCCCUCACAACUGAUGAAUCUAAUGGUGAUUUGUCUCAGAGACAGCCAUUCACAGAAGAAAGCCCAAGCAACAAGUGUAUACAGAAGGAUAUUAGCACACAGACGAAUCUGAAAUGCCAGAGAGGCAUUGAAAAUUGGGAGUUUAUUAGUUCAACUACAGUUAGAAGUCCUUUACAGGAGGCAGAAGGCAAAGCCAGAGUGGCAUUUGAUGAAACCCUUAAAAAAUAUAGGGCAGCCAGAUCUGUAAUGAGAUCUGAACCUGAAGAGUAUAGUAGAACCAUUGGGAAUAAGAUUGUUAUCCCUAUGAUGACUAUCAUUAAAAGUGAUUCAAGUAGUGAUGCAAGUUCUUGCUCAUGGGACAGUAAUUCCUUGGAGUCAGUUUCUGAUGUGCUUCUAAAUUUCUUUCCAUAUUCUUCACCCAAGACAAGCAUGACAGAUAGCAGAGAGGAAGAGGGGGUGUUAGAGAGUGAUGAUGGUGGUCGAAGCAGUGUAGAUUCACUGGCUGCACAUGUGAAAAACCUUCUGAAAUGUGAAUCCUCAUUGAACCAUGCUAAACAGAUACUCAAAAAUGCAGAGGAAGAGGAAUCUCGGGUACGAGCACGAGCCUGGAAUCUGAAGUAUAAUAUGGCUCAUGAAUAUGGCUACUCCAUUUCAGAAUUAAAUGAAGAUGACAGGAGGAAAGUAGAAGAGAUCAAAGCAAAGUUGUUUGGUCAAGGGAGAACAACUGACUUGUCCAAGGAUUUACAGAGUCCACGGGGAAUAGGAUGCAAGCCAGAAGCUGUUUGUAGUCACAUUAUUAUUGAGAGCCAUGAAAAAGGAUGUUUCAGAACUCUAACAGCUGAACGACCCCGAUUGGACAGCCACCCUUGUGUUUUUAGAUCUGCUGAACCCUCAGAAAUAGUCAGAGGACAAUGGAGCCCAUCAUCAUGGAGAACUAGGCACAUCAACCUUUCCAAGUCACUGGACCAGAACAACUCCCAAUUCAAAGUUUGGAAUUCCUUGCAGUUACAAAGUCAUUCCCCAUUUCAAAACUUUAUCAGUGAUGACUUGGAAAUUAGCAAGGGCCUUCGAAUGCCAUUUCAUGAAAAGCUGGACCCUUGGCUGUCAGAAUUAGUAGAACCUGCUUGUAUGCCACCUGAAGAAAUGGAUUGUCAUUCUUCAUCACAAAUGCUGCCCCCAGAACCCAUGAAAAAGUUUACUACCUCCAUUACUUUCUCAUCUCACCGACAUUCUAAAUGCUUUUCAGAUUCCUCUUUUCUUAAGGUUGGUGUUACUGAAGGUAGCCAGUGUUCUGGAGCAUCUGUGGGGGUAGUUAAUUCUCAUUUCACUGAAGAGCAGAAUCCUCCUAGAGAUCUAAAACAGAGAACCUCUUCCCCGUCAUCACUUAAAAUCAUUAGUCAGUCACCAGAUAAAGCUGUGACUAUUUUAGCAGAAAAUAGUAGCCAAAGCCAAAAAUUAUCUGUUGAACAUUCUUAUCAAGAAGAAAAACCCUUAGAAAAAUCAGAUUUUAAAAGCAGUCAUCCUAAGCCCAGUGCCAGUGCAAAUGAUAGUAAUUUCAAAGAAGUUCACUUUUCUGAUAAUCAUACUCUCAUUAGCAUGGGCAGACCAAAUUCCACAGUAGAAGUAAAAGAGAAGAAUGUAACUAUUACUGCAGGUCUUCCUUCACACAUUUUUCUUGAACAAGAGGUCUUUGAACAAAGCACAGCCCCACAUGCAGAUCAGCAUGUGAGAAAACACCAUUCUCCCCCUCCGCAACAUCAGGAUUAUGUAGCUCCAAAUCUUCCUUGUCGUAUUUUUCUUGAAAAGCGAGAACUCUUUAAACAGAGCAAGGCCCCACAUGUAGAUCAGUUAAGAGAAAACCACUCUCCCCUUCCUCAGAGUCAGGAUUAUAUAGCUUCAGACCUUCCUUCUUCAAUUUUUCUUGAGCAGCGUCAACUCUUUGAACAAAGCAAGGCCCCAAAUGUAGAUCACCACCUGAAAAAACUCCAUUCCCCCCUUUCUCAAAGUCAGGAUUCUGUAGUAGAAAAGAAUAAUGAACAUAAGCCUAGAUUACACAUUUCUGAUACGAUAGAUGUUGAAGCCAAAUUCAGUGAUGUGGUCUCCCCAUCUGCCCCAAAUCAAUGUACAGUAGCAACAUCUGCAUCUUCUCCACCUUCAAAUAGAAAAGCACUUUCUUGUAUUCGUAUAACUCUUUCUCCCAAGACUCCUUCCAAGUUGGAUAGUGGAAACUUAGAUAAAAGAUUGCAUUCAUUGGAUCCUGCCACUAAAACAAGGAUGAAUAGUGAGUUUAACUCUGACCUACAAACUAUAUCUUCAAGAUCAUUGGAACCAACCUCCAAAUUAUUGAUCAGUAAACCUGUAGCACAGAAUCAAGAAUCUUUAGGUUUUCUAGGACCUAAAUCUUCAUCGGACUUUCAAGUCGUACAGUCUCCUCUUCCAGAUAGUAAUGUUAUUACUCAGGACUUGAAAACCAUACCUUAUCAGAAUAGCCAGAUAGUAACAUCAAGGCAAACACAAGUGAGCAGUUCAGAUUUGGAAGAAUAUUCCAAUCCAGAAGGGACUCCGGUAUCUGCAGAUCGAUCACCAGAGGAGAUUAAGACCCUGUUUUCUCCCUCCUCUGGAAAAUUAUCAUCUGACGCAGUCACUCAGAUAACAACAGAAAGUCCAGGUAAAGCCACGUUUUCAUCUGAAAUUUUUGUUAAUGCUGGAGAUCAUGGACGUGAAAUUCCAGAGCUCAGCACACAGAAGUUGGGCAACGUUCCUGUCAAGUUUGCUUCAUCAUCUUCAGUUCAACAGAUUACUGUUCCUCAUGGUACAGAUGGCCAGCCUUUACUAUUGCCAUAUAAGCCUUCUGGUAGUACGAAGAUGUACUAUGUUCCACAAUUAACACAGAUCCCUUCAUCUACGGAUUCCAAAUCAGAUACCACCAUUGAGAGCUCACACUCAGGAUCCAAUGAUGCCAUUGCUCCAGAUUUCCCGGCUCAGGUGCUAGGCACAAGGGAUGAUGACCUGGCAGACACUGUUAACAUUAAACAUAAAGAGGGCAUCUACAGUAAGAGGGCGGUAACUAAGGCAUCCUUGUCAAUGGGGAAAAAACCCUUUCAGAAAGAUAAUGCAGAUGCUCAAGUUCUCAUCACUGGGGAUGAGGACCUCUCAGACAAAAACCAAGAAAAGGAGAUCUACACUAAAAAGGCAGUGACCAAGAUUGCUUACUCUGAAGAAAAAGAAUCCUUGCAGAAAGAUGCCACAGGUUCCAGUACUGCUGCUGCUUCACAGCACUCAACUCAACUACAAGACACAAAGACUGACAUUAAACAGAAAGAGGAGAUCCAUAGUAAGAGGAAGGUUACUAAGGAAGCCUGGUCAGAAGAAAAGAAAUCCUUACAGAUAGAUAUUGCAGAAUCCAAAUGUCAUUCGGAAUUUGAAAAUACUACCCAUUCUGUAUUCAGGUCAGCUAAGUUUUACUUUCAUCAUCCAGUGCACCUACCAAGUGAUCAAGAUUUUUGCCAUGAAUCCUUAGGAAGAAGUGUUUUCAUGAAGCAUUCUUGGAAAGACUUCUUUCAACAUCAUCCAGACAAACAAAGAGAAUACACUUGUCUUCCUUCCCCUUGUCAACAUAUGGAAAAGACUAAGACAGAUUAUACCAGAAUACAGAGCCUCAGUAUCAAUGUAAACUUGGAAAACAAGGAAUUGAAGCAUGCUUCUAAAAGUCAGGCUAGAGAUUUUCCAAAAUCUGACAAACAAAUUAAUGAUCUAAAAAGGGAUCCUAAGGCCACCCCAGAGCUAACAACCGAGCACACUGUGAGUUUGAAUGAACUCUGGAACAGAUAUCAGGAACGGCAGAAGCAACAGAAACCUGAGUUCAGUGCCAAGAAGGAACUUUCCUUGGUGGAGCGACUUGAUCGUUUGGCUAAACUUCUUCAGCAUCCCAUCACACAUUCUCUUCAGCCCUCAGAAAGUACACAGGAUGACAGCAGAGGGGAACAAGAUGUUAAGGAAUGGGGUGAUAAACAGCAGCAGCAGAAAAACAAGCUUCAGAAAAAGAAACAGUAUAAAAGCCUGGAGAAAUGCCAUAAAAACACAGGUGAUCUUAAAAAAAAUAAGAUUCUUUCUACUCAUCAAGCUGGGAGGUCCAAUCAGAUUAAAAUUGAACAGUUUAAGUUUGAUAAAUACAUUCUGAGAAAACAGCCAGGUUUUCAUUAUAUAAAUAACACUUCUUCGGAUUCUAGACACUCAGAGGAUAGUGAGCUGCUCACAGAUACGGCCACCAACAUCCUUUCUACCACCACUUCUCCUGUGGAAUCAGAUAUAUUGACCCAAACAGAUAAGGAAAUGACUUUGCAAGAGAGGAGCAGCUCAAUUUCCACCAUUGACACUGCCCGAUUGAUCCAUGCUUUUGGCCAUGAAAGAGUUUGUUUGUCACCCAGGCGAAUUAAAUUAUACAGCAGUAUCACCGACCAUCAGAGGAGAUACCUUGAGAAGCGGAGCAAGAAAAACAAGAAGGCAUUGAAUACAGGUUAUCCCCAAAUUACUUCAGAGCACACCAGAAGGAAACACAUCCAGGUGACAGACCAUGUCUCUUCUGACUCUGUUUCAUCUUCUACCAGUAGUUUCUGGAGCUCGAACUCUACCCUUUGCAACAAGCAAAAUGCACAUAUGUUAAAUAAGGGCGUACAAGCAGGUAACUUGGAGAUUGUGAGUGGUGUCAGAAAAAACACUCGAGAUGUUGGAAUGACUUUCCCAACUCCAAGUUCUAGUGAGGCUAGAAUGGAAGAGGACAGUGAUGUGACUUCUUGGUCAGAAGAAAAAAUAGAAGAGAAGAGGCUCCUUACCAGUUAUCUUGUGGACAAAAAGUUAAAGAAGAACAAGAAGAGCUGCUGUGAAGGAGUUUCAUGGUUUGUUCCUGUGGAAAAUAUGAAGUCUGGUCCUAAGAAGGAAAACAUGCCCAAGCUUCAUGGCCCUGGUGUCUCCUGGUUUGCACCAAUAACCAACACCAAACCUUGGAGGGAGCCACUGCGGGAACAGAACUGGCAGGGACGGCACAUGGACAGCCACAGUUCACCAGCCGGCCCAGGCAAAGAGCCGCUGAAGCCAUUUGUGAGGGCAACCCUCCAGGAAUCACUUCAGCUUCACAGACCGGACUUCAUCUCCCGCUCUGGGGAACGGAUAAAGCGCCUGAAGUUAAUAGUCCAGGAGAGGAAGCUGCAGAAUAUGUUACAGAGUGAGCGGGAGGCACUGUUCAACGCCGUGCAGGAAUGGCAGGGCUACCAGGACCCCAUGCACCUGCUCCGUAAGAGAGGCUUCCUGGCAGCCCAAAAGAAAAGGCCUAUUGGAAAGAAGGAAAUGAUUCAGAGGUCUAAACGGAUUUAUGAACAGCUUCCCGAAGUACAGAAAAAGAGAGACGAAGAAAAGAGGAGGUCAGAAUAUAAGUCAUACCGGCUGCGAGCCCAGCUGUAUAAAAAGAAAGUGACCAAUCAACUCUUGGGGAGAAAAGUUCCUUGGGACUGAAAUAAAGAGUAUUUUCCUCAGCACCUUGGAAUUAUAUUUUAUCAGCUUGGAGGAACACAAUGCUUACUUUUAUGAGUCUCUUUUAAUAAAACUUGUUGUCCAUGUGUAA